UGUCCGCCUCCUGCCUGCUAAUUGUUGAUGCAACCCCGAGGGUCCCUCGCAUGGUGGUGAUCAGGGCUCGUCCCCGGUCUCUUCUCAUCUCUGUCCGUCCGGACCUAAAAUGAUAAGCACCGAGAGUGUUUUGGAGAGUGGAGACCAGCCGUGCAUCCGGCUGGAGCCCCUGAAUAACACACACUUGCCGGGCAAGGCGACGCCGACCGGUGGCAGCCGCGCUGUCUUCGUGGACAGCAGCCCCAAAGUGACAGCCAACGGGGUGCACGACAUAGAGGACCGGAUUCUGAGGAUCACCGGCUACUACGGCUACAACCCGGGAUACUCCAGUCAUAGAAGAGAGGAUGGUUCGGAGUCGCAUGCUGAGACACCAGGCAGCGAGAGCAGCGGAGAGAGCCGAUCCUACCAGACCUGCACCAACACAGCCAUGAAGGUGCUGGGUGGUCUGCUGAUGGUGCUGUGUGUGUCAUCCUCCUGGGUGGGCACCACUCAGGUGGUGAAGCUGACCUUCCAGUCGUUUUCCUGUCCCUUCUUCAUUUCCUGGUUCAGCAGCAACUGGAACAUCCUCUUCUUCCCCAUCUACUACUCUGGACAUGUGGUCACCACACGGGAGAAGCAGACCCCCAUACAGAAAUUCAGGGAGUGCAGCAAGCUCUUUGGGGAAGAUGGGAUGACGCUCAAGCUUUUUGUAAAGAGGACAGCACCUUUUUCAAUCCUGUGGACACUGACCAACUACCUGUAUCUCCUGGCCUUGAAGAAACUGACCGCCACUGACGUCUCUGCACUCUACUGCUGCCACAAGGCCUUUGUCUUUCUCCUGUCCUGGAUCGUCCUCAAGGAUCGGUUCAUGGGUGUUCGGAUUGUGGCAGCCAUAAUGGCUAUCACAGGUAUUGUCAUGAUGGCCUAUGCAGACGGUUUCCAUGGUGAUUCCUUUGUGGGCGUGGCAUUGGCUGUGGGCUCAGCCUCAACAUCAGCUCUAUAUAAGGUGUUGUUCAAGAUGUUCCUGGGCAGCGCCAACCUGGGAGAGGUGGCUCACUUCCUUUCCACCAUGGGCUUCUUCAACCUCAUCUUCAUCUCCUGUGUGCCCCUCAUCCUCUACUUCACCAAGGUAGAGCACUGGGGCUCACUGUCCUCACUGCCCUGGGGAUACCUGUGUGGACUGGCAGGACUGUGGCUGGUGUUCAACAUCUUGGUCCAUGUUGGUGUGGUGCUGACUUACCCCAUUCUCAUCUCCAUAGGGACGCUGCUCAGUGUGCCGGGCAAUGCAGCCGUAGAUGUUUUGAAACACGAGGUGAUCUUCAGUGUGGUGCGCCUGGCAGCCACCUGCAUCAUCUGCCUGGGCUUCUUGCUGCUGCUGCUGCCUGAGGAGUGGGACUCAGUCACACUGCGUUUCCUGGCCACCAUCGCAGACAAGAAGUCAGAGGAACACGGCGAGGAGCUCACAGAGUCCAGCGUCCACACUCGAAGCCGCAGUCGAGCAAACGGCACUGUCUCCAUUCCCUUGGCGUGACAUGGCUGAGUCUGCCAGUUGUCUUCGUUAACCAGUCCUGAAGCCCUGUCUGCUCAUGUUCCUCCAUUGCCCACCCAGGAGGUGUGGCGGGAUGUCCGGUCCACAUGGACUCAUUAUCAGGAAGACAGGAAGUAGUGUCUUGAACUUUUAAACUUCACUCUGGAGGUGCAUCUCUGCCUCCGUCACUUCACUUCAGGAGGGGGAAAGAGAACAUUUAUGGAUUUUGCUAAUUGAAAGGGUGGAAAGUGUUAUUUACUUUCUUGAAAUACUUGCCACGCUCAGUCCCAUUCCUCGCACGCACCCAAACCAAGAGCUGACUAGCCUCCCCUGACCUGCUCUGCAGACUGUAUUCUGUGAAUAUAAAUAUUGGCAGAGCCAGUUUGGCUCAAUCUUAUAUGUAUUUACGAUAUUUAUUUAGAGCUGUA